CUUAUUAUGAAAGAGCUCACUGUAACAUAAAAUGAAGACCUUUAUAAAGCUUUUUUCUGUCUAUUUUGUUCCUUUUAAUACAUCAAAGUGUAGCACAGACACCGCUCUAUGAAGCUCCCUAUCUGUAAAUGAAAACUUAGAUACACCCUGAGUUAUGGCUCUGCUGUCCAAAGGCCAAGGUAACAUGAAGGUAAUGAUACUGUAUAACUGAGUACAGUGCCCAAAGCCAUCAGAGUCACUUUGAGAAGCAGUCAAGAUGUCUGCGAGGAUUCUUGUGGCGUUGCUGGCUGUGGCCAGCGUUGUUUCUGCUCAGACAGAGAGCCAGGCGAGGGAGUUCCUGGAGAGGUUCGAUGAGGAGGCCACUAAGCGUAUGUACAACUACUCGCUGGCAUCAUGGGCCUACAACACGGACAUCUCAAAGGAGAACUCAGACAAACUGGCAGAGGAAGGAAGCAAAUGGGGCAGUUUUUAUGCAGAAAUGUCAAAAGAGGCAGAGCAAUACAACAUCAGUGACAUGACCAACCCAGAAAUCAUUUUACAGCUCAUAUCCCUUCAAGACAAAGGCUCUGGUGCUCUUUCUCCUGACAAAGCUGAACAUCUGAGUAAGGUGAUGAGUGAGAUGAAUACGAUCUACAGCACAGCCACCGUGUGCCUCACUGACGACCCUCUGAGCUGCGAGACUUUGGAGCCAGGCCUGGAGCAUGUGAUGGCUGACAGCAGAGACUACAAUAAGCGUCUGCAUGUAUGGGAGGGGUGGAGGAGAGAGACGGGGCAGAAGAUGAGGAAGCUGUAUGAAGACUACGUGGAUCUGAAGAAUGAGGCCUCCAAACUAAACAAUUUUGAAGACUAUGGAGCUUAUUGGAGGUAUAACUAUGAGACCAUCGAGGACGACGCUAAGUACAAGUACACCAGACAUGAGCUGAUGGAAGACGUCCGCGCUGUCUACAAGGAGAUUAUGCCCCUUUACAAAGAGCUACAUGCCUAUGUGAGAGCCAAACUUAUGGAGGUAUACCCUGGACAUAUCAAAGAGGACGGCAUGCUGCCUGCUCACCUGCUGGGUGACAUGUGGGGAAGAUUCUGGACCAACCUGUAUAGUUUGUCUACCCCUUACCCCGAUAAAGUAGACAUCGAUGUCAGCGACACCAUGGUGGCAGAGGGAUGGACUGAGAUUCAGCUUUUCGAAGAAGCUGAAAAGUUCUUCAUGUCUGUUGGCCUGUACGAGAUGUUCGAAAACUUCUGGAACAAUUCGAUGUUCGUAAAGCCAGAUGAUGGAACUCAGGUGGUGUGCCACCCCACAGCCUGGGACAUGGGGAACAGAGAGGACUUUAGGAUCAAAAUGUGCACCGUGGUCAACAUGGACAACUUCUUGACCGUACACCACGAGAUGGGUCACAACCAGUACCAGAUGGCAUACCGCAACCUGCCCUACCUGCUGAGGGAUGGAGCAAACGAGGGUUUCCACGAGGCCGUCGGAGAGAUCAUGUCCCUCUCUGCUGCAACACCCAAACACCUAAAGAGCCUGGGCCUCCUGAAACCUGACUUUGUAUAUGAUAAAGAAACAGAGAUAAACUUCCUGCUGAAACAAGCGCUCACCAUCGUGGCCACUCUGCCGUUCACCUACAUGUUGGAGGAGUGGAGGUGGCAGGUGUUUGCAGGAAACAUCACCAAGGAUGAGUGGAUGAAGACCUGGUGGGAGAUGAAGAGGGAGCUGGUCGGCGUGGUGGAGCCUGUGCCAAGAGAUGAGUCUUACUGUGACCCUCCUGCUCUGUUCCAUGUGUCUGGGGAUUAUUCUUUCAUCAGGUACUUCACAAGAACCAUCUACCAGUUCCAGUUCCAGAAGGCUCUCUGCAAUGCAGCUGGUCACACAGGAGAUUUGUCUGCAUGUGACAUCACAGGUUCUACAGAAGCAGGAACUAAGCUCAAGAACAUGUUGGAGCUGGGCAGGUCUCAGUCCUGGACUAGGGCUCUGGAGACGAUAUCUGGUGACGUCAAGAUGAAUGCACAACCACUGCUGGACUAUUUUAAGAAGCUUCAUGAUUGGCUGAAGGAGGACAACAUGAAGCACAACCGCCAUGUUGGCUGGAAGACAGAAGAAGACCCCUACACCGAGAAUUCCAUCAAAGUGAGACUGAGUUUGAAGGCCGCCAUGGGCGACGAAGCUUAUGUUUGGAACGAAAAUGAGCAGUUCCUGUUCAAAGCUACCAUCGCGUACGCUCUGAGGCAGUAUUACAGCCAAAUGAACAAAACCAUGGACUUCACAUCAGAAAAUGUCAUCACAUAUAAAAUCACUCCCAGAAUCUCCUUUGAAAUGGUAGCGACAAAUCCAGGCUCUCACGCCACAUUCGUCCCAAAGAAGGAUCUGGAUGCUGCCAUACGGAUGAGCCGAGGCCGUAUCAAUGAGGCCUUCCAGUUAGAUGACAACACACUGGAGUUUGUGGGAAUCCCACCAACGUUGGCCCCUCCUGUGGAGCAGCCAGUGGAGGUGUGGCUGGUGGUGUUUGGGGUGGUCAUGGGAAUCGUGGUCCUCGCAGGAGUGUACCUCAUCAUCUCUGGUGUCAAAGAGCGCAAGAAGAAAUCUAGGAAGAGCAUUGUGGAAAAUCCCUACGAUUCAACCACGGAGGGAGAAAUUAACAAAGCCUUUGACAACAGUGAACACGAACAAACAGGAUUCUAAGUCCAACACUGAUGGUUCAAUGUGUACAGAUGGAAAUAUUACUUCAUACUGGAGGCUGACCCUCACAGACAGUUAAUGUGUUGUACAUGCAUUUGUUCAACGAUCAUUUUAUCGUUCCUAAUCACUCUUAAUGCCUACUUAGAGAAAGCUUUUCUCAUUCGUGUCAGACUCAAAUAAUCAAAGUUUAUCAUGAGCUUACUACAGUUAAAUUCAGUCCUUUAUUUUUAGACCUUUUUUGUAUUGCUGUCUAGGUUUGCUUUUUUAAUGAUAAUGGAUGUUUACUUUGUGCUCAAUGUUUACUUUAAUUAAAGAUAACUGCAUAAUAUAUCAAAUGUUUUUGGACAAAUCUAACUUUACAUGAAAGAAGAGGUAAAUGCUACACUUUAAAAUGUAAAUAUGACGUUUGGAAUAGUUAUUGAAGUAAAUGGUAUCACUCAAAAAUAUUUCUAAACAUGACUUAAACAUAAACGCCUUUAGAAGUUAGCUUUAGUUUUCAUUUGUUCUUCUUAUCCAGACAGAAACAAUUUUCAGUUUAAUUAAAUAUGUUU